CCUUACUGGAAAAACAGGGAAAAGCUGUUUUUUUUCCUUCCACCCAUAUCGGGUGACACAGAAAUAAUACAAGCCCAGCUGGGUUGAGCUAUUCAACUCUCUGAAGUUUAGGAGCAAAUCUGAGCUGCUGAGCAGGGUGGCGGUUCCUUUCCUGGAUUAGGACCCUGUCCGUGGGAACCAGACCACCCCUGAGGCAGGAGAGCCACCCUGAUGUCUCCCCGGGGCCUGGGCCUGCCUCGGAGCCCCUUCCUCCUGGGGAGGGGGAGCCCUGGGCUCAUGUCCUCCCCACCCCUCCUGCCUCCUUCCCUGCAGGUGAACUUCCACAGCCCCCGGAGUGGUCAGAGAUGCUGGGCCGAGCGGACCCAGGUGGAGAAGCGGCUGGUGGUGCUGGUGGCACUUCUGGCAGCGGGACUGGUGGCCUGUGUGGCAGUGCUGGGCAUCCAGUACCGGACAAAAACGCCCCCGGUGUGCCUCAGCCAGGGCUGUGUCUCAGUGACCAGCUCCAUCUUGAGCUCCAUGGACCCCACAGUGGACCCCUGCCAAGACUUCUUCACCUAUGCCUGCGGCGGCUGGAUCAAAGCCCACCCUGUGCCUGAUGGCCACUCGCGCUGGGGGACGUUCAGCAACCUCUGGGAGCACAACCAAGCCAUCAUCAAGCACCUCCUCGAAAACUCCACAGCCAGUGUGAGCGAAGCAGAAAAGAAGGCCCAGGUAUACUAUCGCGCGUGUAUGAACGAAACCAGGAUCGAGGAGCUCAAGGCCAAGCCCCUGAUGGAGCUGAUCGAGAGGCUCGGGGGCUGGAACAUCACAGGGCCCUGGGACAAGGACAACUUCCAGGAGAUCCUGCAGGUGGUCACAUCCCACUACCGCACCUCCCCCUUCUUCUCCGUCUACGUCAGCGCCGAUUCCAAGAACUCCAACAGCAACGUGAUCCAGGUGGACCAGUCUGGCCUGGGCUUACCCUCAAGGGACUAUUACCUGAACAAAACCGAAAACGAGAAGGUGCUGACAGGGUACCUGAACUACAUGGUCCAGCUGGGGAAGCUGCUCGGCGGAGGCGACGAGGACUCCGUUCGGCCCCAGAUGCAGCAGAUCCUGGACUUUGAGACAACACUGGCCAACAUCACCAUCCCCCAGGAGAAGCGCCGGGACGAGGAGCUCAUCUACCACAAAGUGACAGCAGCUGAGCUGCAGGCCUUGGCGCCUGCCAUCAACUGGCUGCCCUUCCUCAACACCAUCUUCCACCCCGUGGAGAUCAAUGAAUCCGAGCCUAUUGUUGUCUAUGAUAAGGAUUACCUCGUCCAGGUCUCCACCCUCAUCAACAACACUGACAAGUGCCUGCUGAACAACUACAUGAUCUGGAACCUGGUGCGGAAGACAAGUACCUUCCUUGAUCAGCGCUUUCAGGACGCCGACGAGAAGUUUAUGGAAGUCAUGUAUGGGACCAAGAAGACCUGCCUUCCUCGCUGGAAGUUCUGCGUGAGUGACACAGAAAACAACUUGGGCUUCGCCCUGGGCCCCAUGUUUGUCAAAGAGACCUUCGCCGAGGACAGCAAGAACAUAGCCAGCGAGAUCAUCCUGGAGAUCAAGAAGGCGUUUGAGGAAAGCCUGAGCACCCUGAAGUGGAUGGAUGAAGACACUCGGAAGGCAGCCAAGGAAAAGGCUGAUGCCAUCUACAACAUGAUAGGCUACCCCAACUUUAUCAUGGACCCCAAGGAGCUCGACAAAGUGUUCAAUGAUUACUCUGCAGUCCCGGACCUCUACUUUGAGAACGCCAUGCGCUUUUUCAACUUCUCGUGGAGGGUCACUGCUGACCAGCUGAGGAAAGCUCCCAACAGAGACCAGUGGAGCAUGACUCCCCCCAUGGUGAAUGCUUACUACUCGCCCACCAAGAAUGAGAUUGUGUUUCCAGCCGGAAUCCUGCAGGCUCCGUUCUACACCCGCUCCUCACCCAUGGCCUUAAAUUUUGGCGGUAUCGGUGUCGUCGUGGGCCACGAGCUGACUCAUGCUUUUGAUGAUCAAGGACGGGAGUAUGACAAGGACGGGAACCUCCGGCCCUGGUGGAAGAACUCGUCCGUGGAGGCUUUCAAGCGGCAGACGGAGUGCAUGGUGGAGCAGUACGGCAACUACAGCGUGAACGGGGAGCCCGUGAACGGCCGCCACACCCUCGGGGAGAACAUCGCCGACAACGGGGGCCUCAAGGCGGCCUAUCGGGCCUACCAGAACUGGGUGCAGACAAAUGGGCCUGAGCAGACGUUGCCCACCCUGGGGCUCACCAAUAACCAGCUCUUCUUCCUGGGGUUUGCGCAGGUCUGGUGCUCUGUCCGCACGCCCGAGAGCAUCCACGAAGGCCUCAUCACCGAUCCCCACAGCCCCUCCCGCUUCCGAGUCAUCGGCUCUGUGUCCAACUCGAAGGAGUUCUCGGAGCACUUCCACUGCCCGCUCGGCUCACCCAUGAACCCCCACCACAAGUGUGAAGUCUGGUGAGGGGCGCGCACGACAGCCAAGACGGAGGCGGGGGUGAGGGUGAGCCCACAGGGUGGAGCCAGCGAGGCUGCCCCUCCGUCCAGCGCCCAGGGUGUCACCCAGCCCCCUUGGCCACCCAGGGCCGCCUCCCCCGCACUGGAGGGUUUUCAGCCGGAACAGCCUGUGAUGCGGGUUCUCAGCAUAAUCCGAGGUUUGAUCCCCGUGAAUACCGUCAUCCCAGGCACGCGUGCGCCAACUCUGAAGGGCAUUUGGGUGUCAGGCUGGUGGCUCCCCAGGCCUGGGCCCCACGCCGACAAGGGCAGUGGGCACAGCCCCACGCCCACAUCCAGCACCAGAUACACCACAAAUACCACUGUGUCAAAUGCUUUAAAUAUAUAUUUUUUGGGGAAACUAUUUUUUAAACAUUGUGGAAUACACUGGAAAUCUUCAGGGAAAUAAUGCAUUUAAAACACUUUUUUUUUUUUUUUUUUUAAGGAGAGGAUUGGUAUAUUUAUUGUGUUCUGUUUUUCUAAGUAACCUGUGGACAAGGGAAGCCCCACUGAUUUACCCCCCUCUCUUCCUCACUCACUGCAAGGCUGAGCUUGGGCAGCGAUCCCCGGCCCUUGAGCAGGUCCCCAAAUAGAGCUGCCUCAGCCCUUGGAACAUAGGACGCCAGCCUCCAUGGCCUGUGUCGAGAGGAAAGGCGUGGAGGCCAGGCAGGAAGCGGCCAGCUCGGGGAGGCCCAGCUCAAAGGCGCCACCCUUCUUAGUGUACGUGCUUGUGUCCCCAGAGCCCAACAGUGGGAACCCCAGCAAGGAAGGUCUGAUCUCCAAAGUUGCAGCAGGGCCCUGAUGGCUGUAGCAGCAUGAGGUCAGGGCAGGGCCCUCAAACCCAGCUGGGUGCGCAAGCACCCUGGAUCUGGACCAUAGGAGCCCUGUGAGGCCGAGCCCCGCAUCAGACGUGCUUUCCUAUACUCUGUCCGUCCCUCCUGUUUUGGCACCCCGUGUCUGUUCAGGGGGCCUGUUGCCUUUCUGCAGCACCCCCACCCCAGCCACUUGGGAGUCUACCUUGCGGACCCUCCUUCCCAGAGGAGGAAAAGAGAAAGUAGCUCUCAUCCCCCACAGGUCCCAGCUCCCCCCGAGCUCCAUCCACCCCGGCCUGGGCCUGGCUCCGGCUCCCAAGACGCCGCCAUCCCUGCCCUCUGUUCUCUAGUGCCUUAUCUGAGGCUGCAGCCCUGGGCUCCACCCCAAGGAGACAGCCCCCCCCUCGGGUCCUUGGCCUCCUCAGCGAAGCCCCCAAGUGUCCUGACUGGAACACAAGGCCAUACCCCCCACUCCCCAUGCCCGCAGAGCUGCCUCUCACACCAGCGCAGAAGCUCUGGCUACAGGUCAGUGGCACCGGGGUCAGGGGUCAGGAACCCCUGAGCUUGCCCUGAGCUCCAUCCCACCCUCAGCCCCUUGGGUUGAAUCAAGACAAUACUUGUAGCUAUUUGGUCUCCUCUUCUUGGGAAUUGCUUUCAGCCAUGGGAGACAUGAAGGGAACAUUCCCCAAACCCAGGCAGUCUGGCCUGUGGUGUCAGGGGACCAGGAGUGCCGUCCCCUCCCUGAGGCCACAGUUCAGAAGCUCCCCCCGGGUGGAGCCAGUUGGAGCCCCACUCUGGUCCUCUGGAGAAGGGGGUACCUGUGACUGAGGUAGAAGCAGCCGGUGCCCACCACGGUCUCCUAUCUCACAGCCCAGGCCCCUGGCCAGACGCCGCUCCCACAGGCACUCGCCUUGUCCAGGAAGCCAGACCCUCCUUGCCCAAGAGAAGUGACAGCUCAGCCACUGCCUCGCUCACCUUCAGAUCAGCCCCGGAGCUGGGGCAAGGGUGUGGGGAGUGGGUUCCCUGGUCGCCACAAGCAGCAUGCCUGGGAGCUCUUCAGAGGAAGGUAGGACUGCAGCCAGACAGGGAGCUAGGCCAGGAGCCCGCCACACGCGCCUUGCCACAGAGUGGGCUCUCCCAGGCUCCGCGCCCUCCCUGCCCCGUGGGCCGCAGUCCUUGAGAGUGUCUGUCAGCACCUCCCAGCCAGAAGCGAGUGUCCUAGGGCUGGGGGUCCAGGGAGAGGGAAUGUAGUUCGCGCUCACUGCUUCCUGGUGUGCUGUGAGUGGGGGCACGGGGAGGAGACCCCCCUUGAGCGCAAGGAGCCAUUAGGCCGGCUUCUCUGCAGGUACAUGGCCAUGGGCUUUGGAGCUGGGAAUCUAUUUUUUGUAUUCUUAUGUCUUGUGCUACUGUAGUUUUGGUGUGGCACUAUUGUAAUUGAAAUAAAGUACUUGUACCGUGG